ACUGGGCCUACGAAGAUGGCAGCCGCAUACGUGUUUGGUUUUCUGCUUGUCUUUGGACUGGCUGGGGCUUUCCACCCAGUCCUGAAGAAUGAGCAACCAGCUUUCAUGGAAGAUCUGCGCGGGGUCAGCAGCAGGAUCGUCGCCGGCUGGCCUGCAGUCGACGGGCAGAUCCCGCAUCAGGUCAGCAUCCGGAUGGUGAGCGCGGCCGGCGCCGUGUUCUCUUGCGGCGGCUCCGUCAUCCACCACAACUGGGUCAUCACCGCUGCUCACUGCGUGGCCAACCGCAUCACCUUCGUCAUCCGCUUCGGCCUCACCAACAUCACCCAGCCACAGAUCAUCCUGGAGUCCACGCGCAAGUACAUCCACCCUGGCUACAUCGAGAUCCUGGCGGGGGUCCAGCCCGAUGACAUCGCUCUGGUCGGGAUUGACCAGCAUAUUCCUUAUGGACCAUACAUCCAGCCCUGCCGCCUGCAGAACUCGGAGGAUAAGAACCAGGACUACACCGGACACAGGUUGACAGUCAGCGGCUACGGAAUGACUGACGACUCUUGGAACGGUGGUACCACCUCCGAGAUCCUUUUAUGGACGUUCCUGCGAGGCAUCUCAAACGCCGAGUGCCGCAGCUGGUAUAUCAGCGGCAUCGUCCAGGAUACGACCAUCUGUGCAGAGUUCUACAAUAACACUGCACAGUCUUCUUGCCAGGGUAAAUACCAGGGUAGAGACAAGGUGCACACGGGAGGAUACUUUAUGGACAGGGAAGAGACAUAG